AUGGCGGAAAUUGGCAUCGUUGCCUCGAUCAUUCAGAUCGCCGGAGCAGGGGUCCAUCUAACGAUGGAGCUUUACGCCUUUGGAUCAGCCUUUGCUGGAGCAAAGGAGGAUACUGACGAUAUUGCCUUGGGUGUAUCAUUAUACUGCAUGACUCUUAAGCAGCUUGCAGAAAAGCUGCAGCAGAAGAACUCGGUACAAUCACCUCAAGCCUUGCAAGGCAUCACAGAUAUAAGAGAGAAGAGUGAACAGGUUUUUGCUAGGAUUGCUGCUAUCUUACCAAGAUCCGCUGGCCGUCCUGACACCAUGACACUUGUUCAAAGAUUCAAGUGGAAUUUUAAGAAGGCCAGAGUCAAUCUCCUCCUUGGUCAAUUGGAGUCUUUGAAAUUGACAUUACUUCUUCUGGUGCAGAUAUUUGCUAUUGGUGAGGAAGCACAGAAAUCACGAUUUGAACCCGUCAAACCUCAACGUUCAUCGCCUCCUUGCCCGGACAAAUCAGAUGACAGCAUUGACGAGUCGGAUAUUGUGGUUCAGACAGAAAUGCUCCAUGCAGUUGUGCUGAACAAGCAACGACAUCAAGCUGUUGAUCAAUUGGCAGACUUGCAAGCAGCAGCCGAGCAAGAAGAUAAAAAUGCUAUCAAUGCAGCGCCUUCCGACCCACCCGAGGGGUUCGUCCCUGUCGGAGAUGUCUCUUCAGCACUAGUGAAAUAUAACGACCAGGCACUCAUGCGUGUGGAUAGAAUCAUGUCCGCUCCCGAGAGUGUUGAUGAAAUGGCACUUGUCCUCUACAUGAUCGACCAAUGGACGAUCGUAAGGUACGUGCAUGAUGGUUCGGUUCCACCCCCAAACCAAUUCGAAUCGACAACUAGCGAGGAACGGAUGCCAACUUCUCCGCACGUCAAAGCUGGCAAAACUUCACGUAGUAUCCCCAUGCCCGAUCGUCGAUUCACUGGCGAGAAGACAGGUAGAUAUAAAUCUGCUUACGUCGAAGAUGACUUGUCAGACACGGAAGAUACUGUAGAGCGACGCCACAGUCCGAACAAUCCCACUGGCAAACAGAAUGAGUCGUCGCGGGUUGAGGAGAUUUCAGACGACGACCAGGCCUUUGUCUCGCCUAGGCCGCUCCGAAGAGCUACAACAACUGGGACCGAUGUCCAAAUUUCUCGACAACAGCUGUCAGCACAAAGGCGCAAGACUAUUGCAGCAGAUGUGACUUCGAUAUUGAAGAGGUCCAAUAACAAUAAAUUGGGAAUAACAUGGCGCCGAGGCAACGACUAUGCGUGGCGUGAGUUCACAAACCAAAAGUUGAAGAGCUUCGAUGUCAAGGGCGUGGUUCUUAACGUUAAUAAAACACACUUCCGUGGCGACGAUACCUGGACGGAGUUCAAGAAGACCGACCGAGUUACGGUUACGGCCAGCGCUUUGAAGAGCCAGGGAUAUCCCUUUUAUGAGUACCAGAGGUAUUCGCAUUCCUAUUACGAGUCUUAUGAUGAGAAUGGAGUGGGAGUUGGGGAGCCUAUCCGUGUCUAUCACCCUGUUAUUCGGGUUGAGAUACCUUUAGUCUACUCCGAAAUUGAAUCACUGGUAAGAUCCAGAAACGAUCGAGGUUAUAUUGACGAGAUCUAUGGAUCUUUCGACCUAAAUUAUGAUGGAUCUUCUCGCAAGCCAAAGCCUUCUAGGCCCGAAUCACGCAGUAACUUCGACUUGUCAUCGGAUCUACCAUAUCCUGAUGCGCCAAUGGGGAAUUUUGGACACUCCAUCGGCGUAGUUGGGAGAGAUUUGAAUAAGUUGCUCACCAAAGGCAACAAGUUAUUUACUCUAGGAAACACGAUUGCUUCAGCCUCGAAUCUCAACACCAAAGGCGAUAUUGCAUGGAAAGCACUGGAGGUCAUUGCCGAUCACUCGCUUGGUGGGAAGUCCAAGUCUAUCCUUGAUCAUAUUUUAGAUGGCAAUUCACGACUGUUAGGUGAUGAGGUCUCGGGGAGAGAAGAAAAAUCUCGCAAAACCAGUGUCAUCAUGCCUGAGGCAGAGAGAGGUCGGGCUAGAAGGAGAUCGGAUAUCGCAUAG